CUUUUGUAUUGCAAUGUAUAAGAAAGAGAAACCAACAAUUCCCAGCUUUUGUUCUUUUCGCUUUGAAGUUUUCAGUUCAUCAAGUGUGGCGAAGGCAUUCUGUAUCCUUUGAGGUCCUAGGGAAAAUGUCUGUUUGGCUCAUUUCAAGAAAAUUUGAACGAAAAUUUUGUCAGGAGGAAGAACUUUUAUUAUUCCGAUAAGAUCUGCAUAUAUGUAACUAUUUAAAGACAUGGAUGAAAUCAUGGCAAGCAAGCAACUGACAAAGCUUGAAACAGUUUAUGAUGUAUUUUGGGAUGAGUGCCAGUCUAUAAACUUGGAACAUGAUCAUUCGGUAAACCCCCUCAGUGAAGCAGAAAUGAAAACAAAAGAGACUGAAAUAGAUCAAGAAAAUGAUGACAUAGACUGGUUGAAUGAUAUUGGAUUCUCUUGUGUUAUAAUGAAAUAUGAAAAUGAAAAAGAGAUCGAUCCAGAUGACAUUGACAUCCUGUCUAUGACAGCAACCUUGACAAGACGACAGUCUGAAACUGUAAGAAAAAGGAUUAAGUCACUAAAUGACACAAUGAGCCGUAGAAAAAGGGAGUCUGGAGCAGCAUCAAGACGUCCUGAUGUUAGAGAUAUUUUUCCAGCACAACCAACAAAGGAGGACAGUUCAGACAGAGAGAAACAUGACAAUGUGAGAGAGGGUAUUGACAAUUUAUUCAAUGGAUCUAACAGUCAAAGAGAUACCAAAGAAUAUCUUACUAAUAAUAUAGAUACAAGAAUCCAGAAUGUAAAGAAAAUUGAAAGUUCUGAAACCAAAAAUGACUUGUCCAAUGUCUCAUACAUGAAGAGUUCAAGGGAAAUGGAAGGAAAGCCUCUACAUUCACUUCAGGCUAAAGACUUAUUUUACACUCCAGAUGCAAAAACUUUAAAAGAUACUGCAAACUCAGAAAUGAACAUGAGGCCUCCAGGGCCUAGGAGGGCAGUUAGUGAAGGGAUAGUCAAAGUUUAUAGAAGGGAUGGGAUGAAACAUGAUACACAAGAAAGACCCAAACUUGAUAAAACCAAAAGUGAAGGCAGUCCUUUGCGGUCAUAUGCAGCUACUCCUCGUUCUCGUCAUGCACAUCCGAAACCUCGAAGUAACAAUUAUGCAUCCUCAGAAGAAAUUGGUCGCAUUUAUGGCGUUUCUCCAAAAAACCUUGAAGAAAUGAGGCAUAAAAGCGCAGAAGAUUUGCUCAAAUUAACAAUAGAGGACAACAACAAUUUGGUUCAGCACUCAAGCCCUUUAAAAACGUCUUGUCAGUCGAAAAAUGAAGCAACGCCUAUAGAAGAAGAUGCAAAAUUGAAUAUCGGAACAGAUUUGGUUGGUAAAGAGAAAAAUCCAUCACCCCUGUUCGGAGAAGCAUUUCCUGCCUUACCGAAUUUCACACUGCAACCAGAAAAGCUUGGGAUAACAGGAAUACCUGACCUUUCGGAGUCAGAUAUGGUGAAAGUGAGGUCACUCGCGCUAAUAGAGUUGACGGCCCUUUUUGAUACAUGCGGCAUCCCCAUGAAGAGAAGGAAACAGUUUACGAAGCUUAAACAGAAAGAGCAUGGUGUCUUUGGUGUCCCGCUGACAAUUUUGUCUCAGCGAGAUAAGAAAUCCAAGCAAGAUGGAUCUCAAGCACCAAAAUUUUUUAAAGACCUGAUUGCAUUUUUGAAAAUUCAUGGGCUACGAGAAGAGGGGCUACUGCGCAUACCAGGAUCUCAACAAAGGAUAAAAGCAUUGAAAGAUGAGAUUGAGGAAGCUUAUAGCAAUGGCGGGUUCUUCAGCUGGCAAAACAGAAGAAUAAGUGAUGUCGCGACCUUGCUAAAACAGUUUUUGAGAGAACUUCCUUCUCCGUUGCUGACUCCCAACUACCAAGAAACAUUUAUAGCUGUAUCAGAGCUCAAAGACCGCAAGCUGCAACUGCAAGCAUUAAACCUUCUUAUAUUGUUGCUGCCAACAGUGAAUCGAGACACUUUACAGGAAUUACUAGAAUUUCUCACGAGAGUUAUUGCCGCAGAAAAUGUGAACAGGAUGGGACUGAACAAUGUUGCAAUGAUCAUGGCCCCAAAUCUGUUUAUGCGCGGAGGCAACAGAGCAAAUUUAGAUGAAAUAAACAAGGCUGCAGCAACAACAGAUGUAAUGAGGAUGCUUAUCAAAUAUCAAAACAUUAUCUGGACGGUACCCGGAUUUAUGGUGACGCAAAUACGGUACGUGUAUGAGGCGGGUUCAAAAGGCCGCGACUCAAAAGCUGUAAAGAAGAUAAUUGCAAAAAGAAUGAAGAGUGAGGCCAGCCCUGUUGGCGCCAAUCAAUCAAAAUCGAAAUUUUAUGGAAGCAGCGAUGAGUUGGAUUAUGGCGAUGGCGAUUUUGUGCCAAUAGUUCGGGUCAAGGCACCAAUGUGUAACAAAACUUGCAUGGCCAUCCAAUUAACAGAGUACAUUACGGCAGCUGACAUUGUUUCUAGAUUUCGAAGUAAAAGAAAAAAUAGCUAUAAGGAAUAUAGUGAAUCGAGUCAUUUGAAAGUAAAUUCUCCAACAUCCAGGUGCAGAAGUGAUUCUAACCUUGACAAAGAGGAAAACUACACAUUUAGUCUCUAUGAAUGUGGUGGGAACAUCGGUGAAAGACGUUUGGAUCCAAACACCAACAUCGCUGCACUGCUUAAAGUCAAUCCAUGUGCGGAGCUAAUUUUGCGGUCAAAAGAAGUUUCGUGAGUUUUGCUAAUCUCAUGCCUGCACAACACCAGAAAGAGGUUAUGCAGUUCUUCGAUAAAGCAUUGCUGAUUGUGCCUCCUUUAUCGAUUUUGAGAAAUCAAAAUCUGCUUUGGUUGAAAUCAUCUCAGUUAUGAUCACAAAGAAUGUACCUGUUGAGCAAACGUCAAAAAUGCCCAAGGAGGGAUGCUAGCAAAGGAAAGAUAAAGAGUUCUUGCUAUUAGUGAGAUUAGAAGUCUAGAUAGUUUAAAACCAAAAGUUUAAAUUUGAUAGGCAUCUCAGACAAUAUUGAACGUGGAUAACCUCGUGGAUUAUCCAACGGCUAUUACUGCUUUUCUACACAGAUGCAGAUUCUUGCAGACACAGUUGUUUAAGCACCGUUACGCAAAGCCUAGAAGUUAGGUUUGAAACUAGUUUCUGGUGCCGGAAUUCGUUAAAUCAUUUUUAUGCGACUUUCAGAAAAACGUUUUCGGUGUUUCGUGUUUAAUAUUGCUACAAGUAUUUUUAUUCAAAUAACAUUUCACAUUGUUUUAGAGUUCUUGGCAAUAUAAAGCUGUGUUUGGAUAUUUUAGGAAUCGUUACAAAGCAGUUAUUCUUAGCAGACAUGACUUUAAUAAGCAAAAAAUCUUUCUGAGACAAGAUAGUCACUUUUAGAAGUAUUAAGGCUGAGUGCAGCCACUUUGUGCGUUUGCUUACUGGCUUUCUUGUACAAGCAAAGAGAGUCUAAAAUGCAAAUAGUCACCCAGGGGUUGGUUCUUUCUCGGUCACGUUAUUCAGAAAUCUUUCCUUAUCGACAAGAACAAGAUUUGACUAGGGCAAGGUAGGCGAAUUCCUACAAGUUAUAAGGUUUUUGUCGAAAUCAAUCUUUAGCAAUAACAUCAUUUACCAAAAUGCAACUUCGUUUGAUCAAAUAUUGUAGCCCAGAGCAAUACAGCAAAAUCGUAAGUUGGGCAUGCUAGUCUUUCAAGAAGACAGCAAGCAACCAAAGUUUUUCACGUCUUGAAUUUAGAAUAAGCUUUAGGAUAUCCCUGCUGUUCCCAACUUGAAUCUAGUUGUGGCUAUUUUCUUCCGUACGCGGCUCGCAAUGGUUUAAUACAAGCAAUGAAAUCCGGACCCAC